AACACGGAAACCUAAUCUGUAAACACCAGCUAGCAACAGUGAGGAGCCAAACAGCUGACACGAAAGCGGGCUGAACAGAGACUAUGUUCAAAAACACAUUCCAAAGUGGAUUUCUGUCUAUUUUAUACAGCAUCGGCAGCAAACCUCUACAGAUAUGGGAUAAGAAGGUGAGAAAUGGCCACAUUAAGAGAAUCACAGAUAAUGACAUUCACUCAUCAGUGUUGGAAGUUGAAGGGACGAAUGUGAGUACCACCUACAUUACGUGUCCAGCAGACCCUAAGAAGACGUUGGGCAUAAAGCUUCCAUUUCUGGUCAUGAUCAUAAAGAAUCUUAAGAAGUAUUUCACGUUUGAAGUCCAGGUGUUAGAUGAUAAAAAUGUGCGCCGACGUUUCCGGGCGAGCAAUUAUCAGAGCACGACAAGAGUGAAGCCGUUCAUCUGCACCAUGCCCAUGAGGCUUGACGACGGCUGGAACCAGAUCCAAUUCAACCUGUCCGACUUCACUCGGAGGGCGUACGGCACAAAUUAUAUAGAGACAUUGCGCGUACAGAUACACGCCAACUGUCGAAUCAGACGUGUUUAUUUCUCAGACAGACUGUAUUCAGAGGACGAGCUCCCUGCAGAGUUUAAACUCUAUCUGCCCAUCCAGAAUCAGAAGGCAAAGCAGUAGUGCUUCUCAGGCUGUACCAUUCCUCCACACCUCUUUUCUGUAUAGAUAUGAACUUUAAAACUUAAAUAUUGUAAUUUUGGACCUGGUUUUGAAUGUUGCUUUCAGCACAAUAAAGUUUUUGUAUGAACUGA